AUGGAUGAAGUGAAAACGCUUAUUCACCAGCGCGGCCAGGUGAAGGGGAAGGUGACAUCGAUCUGCAACGCCCUUGAGAAAGCCGAAGAUGACAAACAGGUGAGUCUCCCGUUACUCAAAGUUUACACCAAAAAGCUAGACGCUCACUACCUCGAGUAUACUGCUCUGCACAAGGAAAUUUUGGGUUUGAUUCCCGAUAACAAAGUUGAGGAACAAGAUGCUAAAUUGGACGAAUUUGACAAGAUUCAUACGGAGUGUAUGAUGCGUCUCGAAUGCCUCGUUGAAAAAUAUUCCACGCCGAUUGUCUCUGCUGGCAACCAGGCUCCCGCGUCCAACCAAAGUCAAAUUAUUGUGCAGCAGCAGCCCCUGAAAGCUCCCAUACCGACGUUCGAUGGUCGGUAUGAAAGCUGGCCUCGUUUUAAAUCGAUGUUUUUGGACAUUGUCGGGCGUUGUUCGGAUUCCGAUGCAAUCAAAUUGCACCAUUUGGAAAAAUCUCUUGUUGGCUCUGCUGCCAACGUCAUUGACUCGAGAACAUUAGCCGACAACAAUUAUGCCCAUGCGUGGGAAAUACUCGAGGAGCGAUAUGAAAACCCCAGGGUCAUUGUGGACAUACAUAUUGGGGGGCUACUUUCGAUGAAAAAGAUGUGCAAAGAAUCUCACAAAGAGCUUAGGGAACUAGUUGACACUUGUACCCGACACAUCGAAGGUUUGAAAUUCAUGGAGCAAUCGACCGACGGUACAGCCGGCCUGAUUGUGAAUAAAAUUUUGAUAUCUUGUCUCGAUCCAAACACUCGCAAGUUGUGGGAGCGAACUCUUGCCCAUGGAGAACUACCAGAUCUCGACGAUACUCUCAAAUUUCUGAAAGAACAGUGCCAAGUUCUUGAAAGGUGUGAAACUGAUCUUCCCGUUCCCUCGAAACAAGUACCAGCUAAAUCUGUGCAAUCCUCUACCAAGCCUGCAGGUGUCAAGGUGCACACCACUACACCAGAAACCAAAUCCGUCUCUUGUCAGUUCUGCUCGAAAUCGCAUUUCAAUUAUCAGUGUCAGGAGUUCAGAAAACUGUCGAUUGUCGAUCGCGUAAGCAGGGUCCGGGAAGCCAACCUUUGCUUCAACUGUCUGCGUCACGGGCAUCGGUCGGUCAAUUGUUCUUCGAAGAAAUCGUGUGCAAAGUGCAACAAGCAUCAUCAUUCUCUCCUCCAUGACGAUGGCUCUAAAUCUGAAAGCAACGUAAACGCAGAGUCUCCACAGGAUCGUCCCGCGGUAACACAGAAUGCGGUGCCGGUUUCGACACAACCAUCCAGCGAUGUUGUUCAGUCUGCCACUGUUUCCUCGUCGUGCUCGCUCUCCAAUCCAGCCGUAUUGCCGAAUGUUCUGCUUCUGACGGCAAAGGUGAAUCUCCUCGAUUGUCAUGGUCAGUUUGUGCCGUGUCGUGCUUUCCUGGAUUGCGGUGCGCAAGUCAACCUUUUGUCAGCAUCCAUGUAUGAGAGACUGGGUAUUCCAGGAAAGUCUGUGCAUGUCAAUCUUUUCGGUGUCAGUGACACACAAAGCAAAUCUAACCGUUUCGUUACAGUCAAUAUGCAUUCGAUGUACAGUGAUUUCCGUCUCAAUCUCAAUUGCCUGGUUACAUCAAAGAUCACCGGUCCUCUACCAAGCAGAUCUGUUGAUGUGUCUGAUUUGAGUAUUCCUUGUGGUUUACAACUGGCUGAUCCUGAAUUCUACCGUCCUUCUGAGGUUGAUCUCCUCAUUGGAAAUCAACACUUCUUUAGCUUGCUGAAAACGGGUAGUGUAGUGAUUGCCGACGGUAUGCCGGAGUUCCGUGAAACCCAUCUCGGUUGGGUUGCAUCUGGUGAAGUCGUUGCAAAUUCAGAUGCGGUCGUCGAUUGUCAGCAGGUUAAUUCAGUUUCGCUUGACAGAAGCAUUAGACAGUUUUGGGAAGUCGAGGAGGUCGAAGUGAGGGUCGCUCGCUCUGAGCAAGAAGAGCAAUGUGAGGAGUCCUUUUGUCAGAACCAUCGUCGUGACGACAGUGGAAGAUACAUAGUCAAACUGCCUAUGAAAGAGAACUUCGAUCAGCUGUCGAGCAAUCGAUCGUUGGCUCUCCGCCGGUUCUAUUUGCUGGAAAGACGGCUAAACAAGGAUCCCGAUCUCCGCCUUCAGUAUUCAAACUUCAUUCGUGAGUAUGAAUCGCUGGGGCAUUGUAAGGAAGUGUUCGAGAUUGAUGAUCCACCUAACAUGCUGAAGUAUUACAUGCCCCACCACGCCGUGCUCAGACCCGAUAGCUCGAGCACAAAACUACGAGUCGUCUUCGAUGCAUCGGCUAAGGAUUCCUCAGGUGUUUCACUAAAUGACGUGUUGCAAAUGUUCCACUUUCUGAACGAGAGACAUUUAUCCAGCUCGAUCAACUGUCAGCCAAUGAAGUAA